UAAACAUAAAACGCAGGUAGCUCCUCCACCUUCCUCUGCAUGCUCGAGAGUGAGGAAUAAAACUUGGGAAUCAAGGACAGCGGCAACUGGAGGAAGAACCCAGAUUCGAUUUCCUGAAUCCAAUUUCGCGUUGUGUCUGCAACUUGGUCUCGCUGAAUUUCAGCACUGAGGUGGUGAGGUCAUACCUUCACUUCUCUUACACUUUCUAUCAAACACCUAACGAUCAACUAGUUUGCACACGCCACACCACAUUGAAACUGCAUUUUCUAUUCACCUUUGCAGAGAAACAAAGACUUCUUUUUAGAAGAUAUUCAGGAAUGACAUUAGGCAAACUUGGUGGAUUCACACGAGGUCCAAUUAUUCAGUCAUUCUGCAUAAAAGCCAUAGCAGAGUUGGUGAGUAAACAGCACUGGUCGGAGCUCAAAACCCAUCUGAUAUCAACCAAACCUGCAGAACUUCUUGACCAGUUGCUUGAUGCCGGGGUCGAUUCUAAACUUGUUCUUAGGUUCUUUCAGUGGUCUCAAAGAGAACUCAAGCUUUCAUAUGGUCUUGAAAUGACUGGCAAAGUCUUGCAUUCUCUGGUAAAAUCAAAAUGUUACUCCAAGGUCAGGUCCCUUUUGCAUCACUUUGUGAAGAAUGAGAAACAUACAGUUUCUUCUGUUUUUCAUUCCUUUUCGCUGUAUUGUGAUCGAUCAUUGGCAACUACUAUAAUAAUUGAUAUGUUGGUCCUAGCAUAUGUCAGAAAUUUGGAAAUUCAGGCUGCCUGUGAGGCAUUUAGGCAAGCUCGAGAAUAUGGAUUUAAGUUGUCUGCUACAUCAUGCAAUCCUUUGUUGAAUGCUUUGGUGAAAGACAAUGAAAUCGGGGAUAUGGAGCAUGUGUACAAGGAGAUGAUAAAGAGAAGGAUUAAGCCUAACCUGAUCACAUUUAACAUUUUGGUUAGUGGUCUCUGUAAAGCUGGUAAGUUGAAUAAGGCAGAGGAUGCUAUCGAAGACAUGAAGGCCUGGGGAAUUUCCCCAAACACAGUUACCUACAGUAUUCUUAUUGAUGGUCAUUGCAAGAGAGGCUCUGCCAGUAAAAUGUACAAGGCCGAAGCUAUUUUGAAGGAAAUGCUUGCUAACAACAUCAGUCCAAAUGAAGUUACAUUCAACACUCUUAUUGAUGGAUACUUUAAGGAUGAGAAUACAUUAGCUGCAAAGAAAGCUUUCCAGGAGAUGCAGAAUCAGGGACUAAAACCUAACGUAGUUACUUAUAACUCCAUGAUAAAUGGUCUAUCUAAUAAUGGCAAGCUAGACGAGGCUAUUGCUCUGCGAGAUGAGAUGGUGAGCUUGGGUUUGAAGCCAAAUAUUGUUACUUAUAAUGCUCUUAUCAAUGGGUUUUGCAAGAAUAAGAGGUUGAAUGAAGCAAGAAAACUCCUUGAUGACGUAAUUAAGCAAGGAUUGAUUCCAAGUGAAAUAACAUUCAAUACGCUGAUUGAUGCUUACUGCAAGGAAGGAUCGAUGGAGGAAGGCUAUUCACUGUGUAAUUAUAUGGCAGAUGAAGGGAUUUUUCCAAAUAUUUCAACCUAUAAUUGCUUGAUUGCUGGCUUAUGCAGAAAACAGGACAUAAGAGCUGCCAAGGAGCUUCUUAAUGAAAUGGAGAGUAAGGACUUGAAAGCUGAUACUGUAACAUAUAACAUCUUAAUAGGUCAAUGGUGCAAAGAAGAAAAAUCAAGAAAAGCUGAACAAUUACUAAAUGAAAUGCUUCAUGUGGGUUUGAAACCUAAUCAUGUAACAUAUAAUACUUUGAUGGAUGGCUAUUGCAUGGAAGGAAAUCUCAAGGCAGCAUUGAAUGUGAGGACAAGAAUGGAGAAAGAUGGGAAGAGAGCUAAUGUUGUCACUUACAAUGUGUUGAUUAAAGGAUUUUGUAGAGCAGGGAAGGUGGAAGAUGCAAAUAGAUUACUUAAUGAGAUGUUGGAAAAGGGUUUGGUCCCAAAUCGUAGUACCUAUGAUAUAGUAAGACUUGAAAUGAUGGAAAAAGGAUUUGUUCCAGACAUAGAAGGGCACUUGUAUAAUAUCUCUGGCAUGUCUUAACAUGAACUUGGGCUGAGCAUCGCCAACGAUAAAGAUGUGCAGAAUGAGUACAAUAUGGUAACUAACUAGUACCUACUCAGUCAUGGCACAGUUAUACCACCUCACUUGUACACACCAUCACUAGAGCCGUGAACUCCACAAAUAAUUGAUUAUAUCUUUAUUAGAGUAAUGGAACACGUGUGUAUGUAGCAGCUUUCAUGGCUAACUUAUCCAUCGAAAGAUGAAGGGUGGCUUCAAAUGGAGCUAAAGAUUAGUCGCUAGCUUUCGUCUAAUCACGAACGGAUAGCCGAGGGUUUAAAAUAAAGUGACGGAACACUUGUAAUGUGUGUAAAUGUAAACCAAUAGAUUUGUACCCAUACAAGAAUUUCUCAUUUAGUAAUGGGUUCUGAAGUUGGGUUAGUGUUGUGUUUC